AACCUAACAUUCAGAAUGAAAGAAUGAAUCGUGGAAUUUUAACAAGUUUGUUUACUGUCCUGAAUAUAUUCAAAAAACGCAUUCACUUUCACAAGCUUAGUAAUAAAUAGGUAUUUUUUCCUAAUUUACUGAACCCAACAUGAGUAAAGACUCGAAAGACGCAGGGAAGACGGAUGAAGUAGAUGAAGAGUUAUCAGAUCUGUUAGAUAGUGCCUUGGAAGAUUUUUCAAAAACUGAUUCGUCCGAAGAUAAGAAUAAAAAAUCAGAAGAAGGUGGUGAUGAAGUUGUUGCUUCCAAAGGUGCCCCUGCUGUUGCUCAAGAAUGGUCCAAUGCUUUCAUUCAGCAAGCUGCCAAAGAAUUCGAAGAAAAUUUUGCUAGUUUAUUGACAGGAAAUGAUCCCAAUAUGCAGGUUACUCCUGGAAUGUUUGAACAAACACUGCAGCAAAUGGCAGAUGCUGCUCAGCAAGCUCUAGAAAACCCCUCACAGAUGAGCGAAUCAUCAACAAACUUUUCAGAAUCAAUUUCUCAAGCAGUUCAAGGUCUUAGUAUUGGUGCUGAAGGUUUACAGGCUCCCUUGAAUGAAGAAGAUUUUCUCAAAAUGUUGACUGGAUCUGGUAUUGGGCAAGAAAAUGAUGUUUUACCCUUCAUGCAAGGUAUGAUGCAAGGUUUAUUAUCCAAAGAAGUAUUGGGUCCCAGCUUACAAGAUUUUGUACAGAAGUUACCAGAGUAUAUUGAAAAAAACAAGAGUACAUUGGAUAAAAAAGACAUAGAAAGAUAUGAAAGUCAAAAAAAGUUGAUGGAAAAAGUUUUGGAAGAAUUGAAUAAUGAAAAAGAUGGUGAUUCAAGUGAAGUUAAAAAAGAGAGAUUCAGCAAAGUAUUAGCUCUCAUGCAGAAGCUUCAAGAGUAUGGACAACCUCCUGCAGAACUGGUAGGAGAUCUGGAUGCUCCUUUCAAUUUUGAUGCUCAAGGGAAUCCAUUGAAUUUAGCAAAUAAUCUAGGUGGCAAUUCAGAGUGCAACAUUAUGUAACACUUGAAAAUUUAUUGUUUUAAUUAGUAGGUAAGUAUGAAGUUGCAGAAAAAAGAUCAUGCAGGGGG